AGAUGAAUUAUUAGAGUGAACACCAAGUUAGAACACGAAUCACUUUAGUAGCCACCUGUCUAGCUAGAGCAGUAGCCACCAAAUUAGAGUGAACAAAUAACGAGUGAUUCGUGUUCUGAAAACUGAAGGGCUGCAUCAAAUUUGAACGGACGGUUGUUCGUGACACCAUAGCCAGCAUCCCAGCAUUACCUGUUCACGCUUUAUCUGAAGCCGCGAAAAUUUGAAGUAUUUUAUGUUUCGGUGCGAAAAGUAGCCAAGUCCAAUCUUUCUUCUGGCAGCUCAGCCGCUCGCCGCUGCUCUGAACGUCAAUAUGUACCUCGGAAUCCGAACACUCAACUUCUCAUUUCCAGUCCAACUCGGAGUUCAUAGCUUGAGCCGGAAAGCCCGCACCGACAACCCACCCGAUUGUUUGCGCGCUUCACCCGUUCUGAAACGGACUCGAUUCCGCUUUCGUCAAACCGUAGUCACCACCGCCUGCACCAGUCAAAGUCGAGAUAUACAUAUACCUGAUGAAGGCUUCGAGGAGCCAGAGAAUUCAACCCGCAUGUUAGAGUCUAAGGCUGAGGUACAAGAGUUUUCUGCAGAUAACGGCAUCUGGACACAAAUUGUGGAAAUUGUGAAGUUCUCUGGGCCGGCAGUGGGGCUUUGGUUGUGUGGUCCGUUGAUGAGCCUAAUUGACACUGCUAUUGUCGGGCAAGGAAGCUCACUCGAGCUAGCAGCUCUAGGACCAGGGACAGUUUUUUGCGAUAAUGCAAGCUACGUUUUUAUGUUUCUUUCAAUUGCUACUUCUAAUUUGGUGGCUACUGCUCUAGCUAGACAGGAUAAACAUGAAGUUCAACACCAAAUAUCUACAUUGCUUUUUGUUGCAUUGACCUUCGGUUGUCUAAUGCUUUUCUUUACAAGAUUAUUUGGUCCAUUGGCCCUAACUGCUUUUGCGGGGGCAAGAAAUGCUGAAAUUAUAAGCGCGGCAAAUACAUAUGUUCAGGUUCUUUUGUGAAUAAAUUCGAGGGCUAGCAUGGCCAGCAAUACUAGUUGGAUUGGUCACCCAAAGUGCAAGCCUAGGCAUGAAAGAUUCAUGGGGACCUUUAAAAGCAUUAGCAGUAGCCAGUGCUAUUAAUGGUGUUGGAGAUAUAGUUCUGUGCAGAUUCUUCAAUUACGGAAUUGCAGGAGCUGCAUGGGCAACAAUGGUGUCACAAGUGGUUGCUGCUUAUAUGAUGAUUGAAGCUUUGAACCAGAAAGGAUAUAAUGGCUUUGCAGUCUCUAUUCCUUCAUGUGAGGAACUUUUGCAGUUAUUCAUUCUCGCAGGCCCAGUGUUUGUAACAAUGAUGUCUAAGGUGGCAUUUUACUCUUUGCUUGUCUAUUGCAUUACAUCAAUGGGAACACACGUACUUGCUGGCCAUCAGGUCAUGAUACAGCUGUUCUGUUUAUGUGCUGUAUGGAGCGAGCCUCUCUCUCAGACAGCACAGUCAUUUAUGCCCGAGCUGAUAUAUGGAGUUAAUCGAAAUUUGUCGAAGGCUCGAGUGCUGUUCAAGUCAUUGUUGAUGAUUGCUGCACUAAAUGGAUUCUUAUUGGGAUGUAUUGGAACCUCAAUUCCCUGGUUGUUCCCCAAAAUAUUCUCACCUGACCCCAUGGUCAUUCAAGAGAUGCAACGCAUAUUGAUUCCAUACUUUCUUUCACUUUGUGUGUCGCCCAGUGUCCACAGCCUUGAGGGAACAUUGCUGGCUGGACGAGAUUUGAAAUUCAUCAGUACAUCAAUGUCUGGGAUUUUUGGUUUGGCUUCCCUCCUCCUUUUGCUAUUGAGUAGUAAAGGAUCUGGUUUGCCAGGCUGUUGGUUUACACUUGUUGCAUUUCAAUGGACUCGUUUUGUCGUUGCCCUAAGACGCCUCACCUCACCAUCGGGAGUGCUUUAUUCUGUAGAUUUAACUAAGUCAAAAGCUGCAGAGUAAUGUGGCUGGUUUAGGCUGCGUUUGGUAGCCUGAUCUGGCCUCUUGUGCUUAUUGGCUAAAUUGAAUUUGUUACGAGACACUUUUCUUUUAUGAGAAUUUAUCACUCAGCCUAUUUUAGCCAGAUGCCUACCAAACGGGUCUUUAAUAUUUAAAACUCCAUGUGCGGGUUUUCAUAGUUCAAUUUGCGUAUGAUGUAAGAGUUGAGUGUCGGUUUAGGUACAUCCUUUUGUUGUAUGGUGAUGUACACAGAUACAAGUAUUUUAAUUAUAUAGUUUUGAAGAAAUAUUUAAAUUGAUUUAUUGAGUUUGAACAAAAAAAUUCACUUUCUU